AAAAAAAAAACAAUGCGAGAUCUGAUCGUUAGAUCUUACAUUAGGCCAAAACUUCCGAGUAUGCGUUGGACCGACGAUCUCGACAUCCGUUUUGUUCAAGUUGUUGAAUUCCUCGGUGGCGAAAGGAGUGCAACUCCUAAGAAAAUUUUGAGUCACAUGGGUGUGAGAGACCUCACAAUAUCACAUGUGAAAAGCCAUCUCCAGAUGUAUAGGAAAAAGAAGGAAGCAGAAUCUAUUAAAGCAAGGAGAAUGAUACAUGAAAUGAAGCGGAGGCAAUCUCAACAAUACCUUCAAAUCUAUGAACGUGCUACCCAAUUUAUCCAAAAUCAUCAAAGGCUACAGUUGGAUAAUACUGAGAAGAUAACAUCAUCUUUGGGAUCGAGUAACAAGUCUCUCUAUCAAUCUUCAAGAGUGGGAUUCAAUGAAAACAGAGACAAUGAUGUCGUUGUCGCUGGUGGUGGUGUAAUUGGUGAAGAAGGAUUGUCCCUUGAACUCACUCUUGGUCACAAGUACUAAGAGGACUUUGGUUUCUAUCUUUUUUUUUUUAUGCUUGCUCUCUAUAUUAUGUACUGCUUAUCCUAUAUGGAUAAUGUGAUAAGAAAAAUAAAAAUCGAACAAUAUAUUAUGGUAUUCCGUUUAUAAUAUGUUAUUAUGUGAAUUUUCAUCCAUUAUAUUGG